GCUAGACGGAGCUGUUUCAUAACCUUUUUCGAAGCGGGCUGCGGUGUGAAUCACUAUAUCCUACAUAAGCGGUGAAUCUCUUCCGAAGGGACGAAGGGAAAAUGUUCUUACCAUCCUGACCCUCGUGAGUGGAAGUGUGUGAUUGGAGUUGGGAGCCUUUGUUGGGGGCUUUUUCGGUGGAAAAUAUAAGAAAAAGUGGCAAAAUUAAGACCAAAAUGUAGCCCUGCAUUCGACCAGUGAUCAGUUGGAUCCAUCCAACGCAGUGAAAUAUUGUGAAAAUUGAAGUUUUUUGCCGUGGAAAGAUUGGUGGAAAAGAGGAAAAUGUUUGUGUACUAAUUUAUCGAUUUUUUCUGUUUGUGAAAAUCACCUCAAGCAGUGGAAAAUAGUCGCGACAUCAGUCGUUUAGUGGAUUUUUCUGAGUGAAAUAUUGAACCAGCUCCUAUGGAAAUCCUGUGAAAAGAGCAUCAUCUGGAAAUACUAGACCCGAACAGAGUUUCAUCAACUAAAACAUAAAAAAUAUCAAAGCCCUGCAUACGAGAACCACAUCGCCCCCUGGAUAAUUGGGAAGUUCUCGAGUGCCGCAACGUGUCGUCCACAAACAACUUGCCACCGGUUCCCGAAUCGGAUGACGAUAUCGACUGCCGAGAUCCUUCAACCGGUGUGCUUCUGGGCGUCGAAAAACUCGACCACAAAGGAUUUCCAUUUCUCCCUUCCGAAGGACUCCAUCAUCAUCGUGUGUGCGAGCGAGUGAAAAUUAAUGAACGUAAUUCAAUUCUUCGUCAGUUGGUGUAAAACCGAAGCGCACUCGGAAGAAUUAUCCUGCCUUCGCCAUAAAUUAUAGCAAUUGAUCGAAGAGAUACGCGAUACGCGAAUCCUCCCGGUAGAAUUGUGGCGUAGUUUGGAAAACAAUAAUUUAAUAAUUUUUUUGGUCCCGGUUUUCCAACGCGGAUUUGUACGGUGCUAAAAAAUACAGUGUUUCACCGGAAAAAAAAACACCACAUCCGGUUCGGUGGUACAGUGCGGUUAAAUAUACGACCGUGGUACAAAAAAAAAAGAAUAGGAAUCGAUUCAAAGGGCCACAGUGCAGCAGUUCCGUCGCUGAUGAAACACCAGAAGUGACCAGCAGAACCGGUCAGAGCAGAGUAAAGGAUGAAUUGCGUAACAAGGAUCAAGCGCACGGUCGAGUUUACAAAUGUAGUGUUGGGCAAAUAAUAAACAUUCGUAUGUAGUAACGGGAGCUACAAAUAUCCAAAGCCAAAUCCGUCGGGUUUUUUUUUUGUGUGUCGGAGGAACGUCCACGGAUGCGCCCAGACUGCAACUGCCAUCAGUUAGUAGUGAAUGGAAACAUAUCAAAUUGUUCGUGAAAACGAGAAUAAUAGUGUGAUGUAAGUUGGGCGGUGUGUGAGUAGGUAUUAUUUGAAUACACGUCCGGGGGUAAACACCAACCAGCGCAGGCAUCUAUUUGGAGCAUUAACCGCCGCAUGUGACGUCGACGACUACAACGACAACGCCGAAAAAAAGUAGCAGAGUGGCAGUGUGAAAAAAUUCACUCAAAACAGAGAAAAAAAAUCAAUUUUCCAUGCAAUUUAUUUUAAAUUUGUGCAAUAAAGUGUGGCCGUACGGUUGGAGCCGGUUUUUUGGUGAUUGAGAGAAAAAGUUAAUUCGAGAAAUUGCAGAUAUUGCUCCCGCCAUUCAUCGAUCGACUAGAAAAACCGGAUGAAAACAGCAAUAAAGCAAAAGCUUUCGUUUUUAAUGCCAAUUUCGUCGGAACGAAUCGAAAUAAUCGGAAAGGGUCCGGUAGUAAACGUGAAGCAGUGAAUGUACAUCUGGUUGGAAACUUUUCUGAUGUGUAAAAUUUGUAUUUUUGUUGGUGUUUGACCGUAGCGUGAAAAUAGUAGCAUUGACUGACUAAGCUGAAUUGAAAUUAAGUUCGAUGAACAAUUGGCGGAGUGGUCUUCCAAUAGAAAGAUUCAUCCCAUUGAAGAAGCUGAACUGAAAAGUGCAUCUGUGUGUGUGAGUGAUAAGUAAGUGUGGAGCGGUGCUGUAGGACUUAGACUAUGGCACCUACCUCAUGUGGCCCUGGGAGGCCACCUCCUUUACCGGGUGAUGGCAGUGAUGGCGGAUGGCGACGCCGUUGGCGGUCUACGGCGAACCCGCUAAUGGUAGUCCAAGGUUGGACCAUUAUGCUGCUGGUGACGACGAUCCUGGCCAUAGACCUGCCUGCAGUGAAUGCCGAGAAAACAAAAGCUUAUCACAUGGAUUCAAUCUGUAAAACCCAUUUUUUACAACAACUAUAUAGGAAAAUAGAUGGUGCUACACUCUCCUCCAAGAACGAGAGAAACCUAAACUGUGUUAUCACAUUUCAAACACACUCGAUACUGCAGAGAUUUAUGUUACGUUUCGAUAUGCUACAAUUAGACUGUAAUGAUCAUUUAUAUGUAUAUGAUGGAGCACACGCUGUCGGUACACAUAAGGCGGAUUUAACCUGUAAGGACACAAAACAAUCAGUGGGAGCGCUGUUCACCAAAACGAACUUUCUCACAUUCAAGUACGUGACCGAUAACUGGGGCACGGAAACAAAUGGUUUCAAAAUGGUUAUAACCUCCGUCAAAGAUUCGAAGAUCAACUGCGCCGACUUCCGGUGUACGCAGCCGGAGUUCUGCAUAUCGCAGGAGCUGGUGUGCGACGGAGUGAACCACUGCGCGGACGGGUCGGACGAGGCCAUCGGGUCACUGUGCGCCGCGCCGAACGAGUACAUGACGACGAUCUUCGGGCUGGACCUGAUGGUGCUGAUAUUCGUUGGCGUCGGCUGCCUGGUGGUGUGCGCGGUCAUCGUCUUCCUGGCGAUCUGUGUGUACCUGCGGAACUCGCGAGCGCCCAACCAGCUCCACUCGUCGAUACAAUUGAAUCAGAUGAUAGAAUCGAACGGUUCAUCGAAGCAUCUGCACGGAACACUGCCGCGGGAAACAACAACGCUACCUGCUUCGGGAAACUUGCAUCACCCUGCGGGACCAUUAGGGUACCUCCGCAUUCCACACAAAUUGAUGGCCAAAGUCCGUCCCAUUUGGUGCCUGGCAAAUUAAGACAAUUAGGUCCGGAUUUAUCGCAGCAAACCUCACAGAAAGAUGAGUGGUUUGUCUAGAGCUAGACAGGAAACACAUAGAGCAACAAAAAUGAAAAACAAUUUAACCAAAAUUAAAAUCACCGAGAAUCAAUGGAACUAUCUACUAGAGCACGAACUGAUGGCAACAGCAACAGCAACAGCAGCAACAGUAACAGAGGAAAGGAAACAACUCAACGGUUAAAAGAAACAACAUGCAGCGGAACAACAGAAACAUCAGGGAAUGAAGAACGAACAUCAAACAACAAGCCAACUGAGAUAGCAGCAGCGACAGCAAGAUCAAAAACGCGAAGGAGCACAAAGCAGCAUAUCAAGAACACCGAGAUCACAUCACGCAAUCAACGCUUGUGGAAUCUAUCUUCUCAACUUGUAACAUCACUCAAAAACAGAGCAUCCGAUCAAGAACGAGACCGCAACCACCUAAUGUUAAGCAGCUGAGAGCACAGCAAUCGAAGGAGAUAAACCAACAGAACAAGGUGAAGGAAACAGCAGAAGAACAGCAAAAAAAAAAGAGAAAUGGUAAAAUUUCAUCAGCAAUCAGAUAGCAAAACGAGAGCAAGCGAAAAUGUGUAGAUCAAAAAUGGAAACAAAAUCAUUCAUUCCGACAAGCAUACGAACAAAUCACAAAAUCGAACAACAAUUUUUGGCACUAUAUGAAGACUGUCUGGUUGGUCAUCAAAAACCGCGCAGGGUGUAAAAUAAAAAAAGGGAGAAACAGUGUACCCAACAUCUAGCAAUUACUUCUUGUAAAUAGUGAACAUAGCGAGGCAACUAUCGGCGACGGAGCAAAUGGCACAGCAAUGUCCCCGUUUGCCCCGUUUGGUAGGUAAAUAUUAUAUAUAUACAUACAGAUAUUAGAAAAAAAAAAAGAGAAUUUAGUUUAUUAAACAAAUAGAGUUCGGUUGGAAAUCGGUUGGUAAUGACGAUGAUGAUGUUUGCGAAUUUGAGGUUGGAUGCAUCGGGCGAGAAAGGCCAACACUGGCGCAGGUGCCACAUUUCAGAGUUGUGGCGCAAUGUUAGUCUAAUCUUUGUUUUAAGAGAAGCAAAUAACAUUGGAUAAGAAAACGGUACAGAAAAAACGCGAAAAAAAUACCUAAAAACUAUACAAAUGCUCGAGCGUUCGGGCGCUAGUUGAAAGUAUUGUAAUUAGAGAAAAAGGAACUUUAAAAACGUACCAAUUAACGUGUGUAUGUGCGCUGUUAAGGAAAAAGUGUACCGGAAAUCGAGAACGGACGAAGCUAGGUUUAAGCGUUCACUCGAGCUCGAGUGGAAGACAGGAUGUCAGUGCAAGUUUUUAUUUCCGAACGAAAGGAAAAUAUCAGCAGUAGAACCAUAAAAACUAACAAUUCUUUUCGCCGACAGACGAGUCAUCCCAAUUUGGCAUCCGGUGGAAAUUAAACAAGUCAAUCCAAAUUCUCUAUCGAACAUAAAAAAAACACUUGACGUUUCGGAUGUGUAGAUGGGGGAUUAAAUUUCCGGAUUUAAUCUAGGUGAGGAAGAUGUUGCAACUACUUAUACCGCCAUGGUAGCUGCACUGAUCUAAUUCGACUCCUACAAUCGUUGCGAUAAAGAAAAGCAAAACUAAUUAAAUCCAAAUAAAUUUUCCAUUUCCAUUACCGAUCUGCCCAUCCAGCCUUGGUGAACUGAUGUAGCAGUUUUCUUUUCGUUUUUUUUUUUUUUGCGGGAAAUACAGCCGAUGUUGGACUUACUACCAUAGACAAAUGGAUAUGGAAUACCGUGAUGGAAUAUAUGGUGUUGUUACAAUAAAACCUAUUGUAUUUUUAUGUUGGUUUUAUGAGGGUUUGCAAAGUAUCGAAGUCAUUUGAAUUAAUUCUACAAAGUUAAAGGUGCUCGAUUCACUUAAAGUGCAAUCUUUGAGUAGUACACGUCCCAUUGUCUGUGGCACUACCAAGGGGCAUAGUGCAGCGUUUCUUUUGGCACACAGAGAAAAGAACCAACCGAAAGCAAAUGAGACCAGUAGCUAGCUAGCUUGGUCGUCUGUCGGUACGGGUUACACUGCAUCUUGGUGGUGGCUCUGUGGGUGCAAAUUGCAGUGAAUAAUCGUCGACGACGGAUGGUUCGAAAGCUGCUGAGACCAUCCGAGCGAGUGGAAGCUGAUUUGAAUAGAAAAAUAGUUUUUUUUUUGCCUCAAUUCAAUGUAGGGCCAACUGAAGAUGAGAACAGUGCAUAAAUACCAACGGAGCAAGAGGACG